CCAGCUAGCAGGGCUAAACCCUGAAAAAGACACACUUGUUAAAACGUUGUUGUGAAUAGUUUGCGGGAUUAGUUGAGAGGGAGUUAAGCUUAUGGAUGUUGCUGAGACGACAUCUGUCUACAGUAGUUGGAAAGGAGCCCGACACUGGCUGGUUUGCUAGCAUACAUAGCAAACUAGACACCGCUAAAGGAUCAAAGGACAAGAUGAUGCGAGGAUCCAGAAGAGGCUGUGUGCGACUAAGGGGAGCUGUGAUCGGCAUCGAUGACGAGGACGACAGCACUUUCACCAUCACUGUGGACCAGAAGACUUUUCAUUUCCAAGCCCGAGAUGCAGACGAGCGGGAGAAGUGGAUCCAUGCCUUAGAGGGAACUAUCCUCCGUCACACCCUCCAACUCAGAGAGGCUGAGACAGGAUUUGUCCCAAGUGUACAAGACUUUGAUAAGAAGUUAGCUGAAGCUGACGCCUACCUACAGAUCCUGAUUGACCAGUUAAAGCUGUUUGAUGAGAAGAUCAAGGAGUGCAAAGAGGAUGAGUCACGCAGAAAAAUUGAAAAUUUGAAAGAGACUACUUGUAGCAUGGUAGAGUCCAUCAAGCACUGUAUUGUACUGCUGCAAAUUGCCAAGGACCAAAGUAACGAACAGCAACACGCAAACGGACUUAUAAGCACCAUUAACCCAGUGGAUGGGAUCUACCAGCCCCCUCUGGACACUCCUGUAGACAACACCACGAUGCCAACACAGACCACACUACCCACAGACGCUUCUCAGGUGUGUAAAUCAGACCAACGGCCCUCCACGUUACCUGUUGGUCCCAUCGUAACAGUGAUGGGCAGUCUACAGACCCCAACUCCCAACAGCACAGGGAGUGGCCAGUCUGGCCCCAGCAGCGGCGUCGCCUCCCCGGCUCACAUGCCCCUCCCCUCGCACGCGGUGCCAGACUUCUCUUAUUCUUCCAGUGAGGACGAGUUCUACGAUGCCGACGAGUUCUACCAGAGCAGCACCUCUCCCAAACACUGCAUAGAUCCCUCAGGGCCUCCAGCUGCCUCACCCCUCACUAAUGAAGGAACAGCGUUGAAGCGGCCAGACACCACCGAGUCCCUUAACUCGUCCAUGUCCAACGGCACCACAGAUGCAGAUCCGUUUGAUAGUCACGAUGACCGUGACGAUGACGGUGAGGGCGAGUCUGUGGAGGAGCACAAGAGUGUCAUCAUGCAUCUCCUCUCUCAAGUUCGGUUGGGCAUGGACCUCACUAAGGUGGUCUUGCCUACUUUCAUCCUAGAAAGGAGAUCUUUGUUAGAAAUGUAUGCAGACUUCUUUGCACACCCCGACUUAUUUGUAAGUAUCGCUGAGCAGCUUGAGGCCCGCGAGCGCAUGGUCCAUGUGGUGAAGUGGUACCUAUCAGCUUUCCAUGCAGGGAGGAAAGGUUCAGUGGCCAAGAAACCUUACAACCCAAUCCUGGGAGAAGUUUUCUUCUGCCACUGGGAUCUGCCCAGUGAAACAGAAGAGCCUCCUCCCCCCAACACGGUUGGAGCACAUGAUCUCUCCUCCACACUCCAGGAGAUGGUAUCAGACGGUCCAGACGGUCCAGUUCCCUGGUCUUCAGCCAACAGUGUGCGUUUUGUGGCAGAGCAGGUCUCUCACCACCCACCCAUUUCUGCAUUCUACGCAGAGUGUUUAAAUAAGAAGAUCCAGUUCAAUGCUCAUAUCUGGACAAAAUCUAAGUUCUUAGGCAUGUCCAUAGGGGUCCACAAUAUUGGCCAAGGUUGUGUGUCAUGUUUGGAGCACGAUGAGCACUACAUCCUCACAUUCCCUAAUGGAUAUGGCAGGUCCAUCCUGACCGUGCCAUGGGUGGAGCUGGGUGGGGAGUGCAACAUCUCCUGCUCAAAGUCAGGCUACAGCGCUACCAUCGUGUUCCACACCAAACCUUUCUACGGAGGGAAGAAGCACAGGAUCACUGCUGAGAUCUUUCCCCCCAAUGACAAGAAGUCUUUCUGCUCCAUUGAAGGAGAGUGGAACGGAGUGAUGUACGCCAAAUGGGCGUCAGGAGAGAACACAGUGUUCAUAGACACUAAGAGGAUAGGCAUCAUUAAGAAGAAAGUGAGAAAGCUGGAAGACCAGCUCGAUUAUGAGUCCCGAAGAUUGUGGAGAGAUGUGACGUUGAACCUGAAACUGAAAGACAUCGAUUCAGCAACAGAAGCCAAACACCGGCUGGAGGAGAAACAGCGAGCUGAAGCCAGAGAGAGGAAGGAGAACGAGCAGCAGUGGGAGACCAGGCUAUUCCACGAGGACGGGGAGUGCUGGGUUUAUGACGAGCCUCUAUUAAAGAGAUUAGCCUCUCAGAGGCCCUGAGAAGACUACGCACACGCUGACACACACACAUACAUAUGCAUAAAGAAAUGCACACACAACAGAGUCUUCAUAAGAACUCUUUUGCAAAAACCACUUCUUUUCCAAGCCUUGGAAUGACUGAUGAUUGAUAUGUAUGUACACAGCUUUGCAUUUGACUGUAAAAUAAUCAUACAGAAAUGAAUGAAAUCAAAUGGAGAAGCAUCUAAGAUGUAUCAUGAAAAUUAGUAAAGCUCCUCUUCUUAUUUGGGCAAUGAUGCUUCCACCGCCACCGAUACCCACCACCCGCCAACAUGAGACUUGGCAGCGCAGAGCAGAGACAGGAGAGUCCCGUCUCAUCUCACAGCCACACCCUUCAUCAGCUCCACAGGACGAGCCAGAGCAGCACUCGUUUCCCUACAUAUACUUUUUUUCAGGGGGGAGGGGGGAGGCAGAGGGGGCAAGGGUGUGUGGUUGAAAAUGUUUUGAUCAAACAAAACAUGACAAAUAAAACAGCGCUCUACAUCUCAGGGAAUCUGGUGUCUGAGGAAAGAAAAGUUGCUGCCCCCUCUAAGAGUCUGACAGCCUUAUAACUGUGUGACGGAUGAAUCUUAAAAAGGCGGGGUGAAAAUCUCCGCCUGCCUGCAACUAGUUGUAACUGUUGUUUAUAUAUAGAUAUACAUAUGAUGGAUAUAUAAAAAUAUAUUCUUUUUUAUUUUCAAUGCUCUUUUUGUUUAUUUUUCUUUUUGGCAAUAGUGUAAAAUAUUUGAGGAUAUGAACAUGGUGGCUUUACAUCUUUAGGAAUCAUUCCAUUUCAAGUUAAUUUUGCCACCUUUUUUGUCUUUCACAAUUUUUCUGUGUCUCAAGUGUAAAUUAGAGGCCAAACCCUAUGUAAGCCAUAGCAUUUGAUCACACUGAUUGGGAGAGUUGUGAUAGAAUUGUGGAAUAUAUGCAAUAUAUGGAUCAUCAAAGGACAAAUUUGGAUGUCCAUUAUGCCAAAAAGGUUAGAUAAAAGGCUAAAGGGACUUUCAUUUGGGCGGAGAACAAACAAUCCUCUGAAAAUGUUUCCAUGUUACCUGAAGGCAUUAAUGAACAAAUGAUUGUUUACAUAUUUUGUCUUUCUGGAUUGCUGGUCCAUGAUGAGGACAUCAGGCUAGAGACAAGUCUUUGAAUUAUCUCUCUGUUUGUUCUACACAUCACCUGUCAUUGUUCCCUGUCCAAAACCACAGAUGACAGAGUGCUUUACCGUGUAGGCUCAAUCUUGUGUCGUCAGGGGUGAGGAGUGUGAAAUAAAGCGACCAGUGUAGACUUUUGAAACAGUACUGCUGUUUCAGAGUGCUGCUAGACUCCAGCCUGUGUUCCACUGGUUCAGUUUUCUUGUAGACUUUUAAUUUUUUUUGUCUAAAUCAUGUCAAGAUUAACAGUAUAAGGCAAUAUUUAUCUUACUACACACCACUGCUUUUUGAACCAUCGUCCAUUCUCUUAUUUACAGCUACAUAGGUUGAAUCUACAUACAAUGAUAUUUGGAUGAAAUGCAGAAAUAAACUAUUUUCACCUGAAA